GUUGUGUCAAGUCCUCAGCCUGCUAAUUCUGCCAGGCCGAAUGAGGAGCUCAGUAAUGGGUCUGCUUCAACUAGCUUUCCUGACUCUAGCAAACCAGAAAAUGAGCUCGGGCAUGUCAACAAUGAGGAUGCUGUCAGCGAGGACAAAUUUGAAGAUGCUGAUGCACAAUAUAACGAUGAGGAAAAGGGGACCGAGGAUAACUAA